UUAGAAAAUUAAGUGGUUUCGUUUUUGAGAUAAUCAAAAGUCCCUAGGCCAUUUUCAUUAGAAAAUUAAGUGGUUUGUACAGACGACAAAAUGAAGGCUAAGAGUGAAUUGAAGGAAUUCGAGGUGAUCGGACGCAAAUUGCCAACCGAAAAAGAAACUACUACACCAUUGUACAAAAUGAGAAUAUUUGCGCCUGAUAUCAUUGUUGCGAAGUCCAGAUUUUGGUAUUUUCUGCGUCAACUUAAAAAGUUUAAAAAAUCUACAGGAGAAAUUGUUUCUUUGAAGCAGAUACCAGAGGAAUCUCCAGUAAAAAUCAAGAACUUUGGCAUUUGGUUGAGGUAUGAUUCAAGAUCUGGAACUCACAAUAUGUACAGAGAAUACAGAGACCUCUCUGUCAGUGGUGCCGUGACACAGUGUUAUAGAGAUAUGGGAGCUCGCCAUCGUGCCCGUGCUCAUUCUAUUCAAAUUAUUAAAGUCGAAGUUGUAAAAGCUGCAAAUUGUAGGAGACCUCAAGUUAAACAGUUUCAUGAUUCAAAAAUCAGAUUCCCAUUGCCAAAACGUAUUCAUAAUAGGAAUCGUAUGCCACUUUUCAGUGUUAGAAAGCCACGCACCUAUUUUCUUUGAAUACUUUGACUUAAAUGACACAUUGGCAUGAAAUAUACUUUUCUGAACAAAA